UUUGUUUUCCUUUUAAGGAGUUUAUAAUUCAACUAUGAAAUGAAUUAAAUUUUUACAUUCUGACGAAAAUGGCGUUAAUUUACGUCUUCUUAAUAAAUCUGCUCUUUGCUGCUGCCCAAGACUCGGGCUACUGUGAUGCUUCUUCAAAAAGCUGCGAUCUCAACGUAGAUGAACAAAAACUAAUUUUCUACGAUGUAAAUCCACCAGAAGGCUUCAACUUACGUCGCGACGUGUACAUGAGAUUCGCUAUAAUGCUUACCGAAACCCAGAAGCAGGGAAAACGGAAGGACUGGCAAUUAGUUUUGCCACCAUGGUAUCAUUUAUACCAUUGGAAAAUAUCACGAAAACCGACUCCAUGGGGCUAUUUCUUCGACUUAGACUCUCUUACAUCUUACGCUCCCGUAAUUGAACUGUAUGAGGUAAUGAGUAGAACACCCAAACUAACAAUUGACAGAUUGUAUGUACUCCAAAACUUCGAAGACGCCUUUGAAGGGGGCUAUUUUAAAGAAAAAUGGGAAAUUAGUAAAGAAGACUGUCAUUACGAAGGAUUUUGGGGCUACAACAAUAUAACAGUAAAAGAGAAAGUCUGUGUUAAAUUUCAAGGAAAAAUAUCGAAACUUUGGGAGCUUGUACAACUCCAUCCGAAGGACGGCAAAAUAAUGUUUUCUCAUGGAGAAAUACCGCUACACGACUCUUAUGGAACUAAAAGUUUUUGGGACUGUAGAAGGAGUAUGAAAUUUAAUAAUAAACUCAUUGAAAUAGCAUCAAAAUAUACUCAAGAUAACUUAAACUGUGAUACUACAAAAUGCUCUACAUAUUUAAGUAUACAUUGGAGAAGACAAGACUUCAUUUAUGGCAGGAAAGACUAUGUCCCAUCAAUCCAGGGAACGGCUAAACAAAUCGACAAUGCCAUCAAAAACAACAAUUUAAAGAUAGAUAAAAUCUUCAUAGCUACAGAUGCUUUUAAAUCAGAAAUUGAAAAACUUGAAGAACAAUUAAAAACACUUAAUUAUAAAACUUUUCUAUACAUACCUACUAGAAAAGAUAUAGAAAUACAUGGAGAUGGUGGUAUAGCAAUAAUAGAACAGAUAAUAUGUUCCCAUAGUUCAUAUUUUAUAGGAACUCACGAGAGUACUUUUACAUUCCGUAUUCAAGAAGAGCGAGAGAUCUUAGGGUUUGAUAGUAGAACUACUUUCAACCGUUUGUGUCCCGAUAAGGGGAAAUGUGAUAAGCCCUCAAAGUGGACUAUUGUUCAUUAAGAUCUUCAGUGUGGUAACUAAGUUGUAGUUGACCAUAAUUGUGUCAACUUCAAACUUGGGUAAAUCCAUUCUGCUUUAAGGUAGAUUAUAUAAAAAAAUAUAAUAUUGAUUUGAAAUAUAACCAACCUUAUAGCAGUAUGGAUGUACCCAAGUUUGAAGUUAAGCAACACAAUUGUACACAGUCCAUAAAUGUUAACCGUGCCACACUGCAUGCGUUAAUAAAUCAAAAAUCGAGACAUGUAGCAGGGUUCGAGGAUAUACAUCAUUCAUUCAUUCCUCCUUGCGUUAUCCCGGCAUUUGCCACGGCUCAUGGGAGCCUGUGGUUCGCUUUGACAACUAAUCCCAAGAUUUGGCGUAGGCACUAGUUU